AUGGAUAAAUUCCGUAUGAUCUUUCAGUACUUCCAGUCCAGCUCAGAGUCCAUAAUGAACGGGAUCUGCCUUAUCCUGGCUGUGGCCACUGUAAAGAUCUACUCCUCCUUUGACUUCAACUGCCCCUGCCUUCCCCGUUACAAUACGCUCUAUGGCCUGGGCCUCCUGUUCACACCCCCUGUGGCCCUUUUCCUCUGUGGGCUCAUUGCUAACAGGCAGUCCGUAGUGCUGAUCGAGGAGUGGAGGAGACCCAUGGGAAGAAGGAAGAAGGACCCAGGCAUCGUCAAGUACUUGUGUUCUUCUGUCCUGCAGCGUGCCCUGGCUGCCCCUGUGGUCUGGAUCCUCCUCGCUCUCCUGGAUGGGAAGUGUUUUAUCUGUGCCUUUAGCAGUUCAGUGGAUCCUAAGAAGUUUUCAGACUUUGCUAAUAUGACGGCUAGUGAUGUGCAGCUCUUCCUGAGCAAGGUGCCCUGCAAAGACGAUGAGUUGGUGAGAGACAAUCCUGCCCGGAAGGCUGUGUCCCGGUACCUGCGCUGUCUAUCACAGGCUAUUGGCUGGAGUAUCAUGCUGACGCUCAUUGUGAUGGCCUUCCUGGCCCGGUCCCUGCAGCCUUGUUUUGACCAGACCCGCCUAGUUCAGCGGCGCUACUGGAGUAACUACGUAGACCUGGAGCAGAAGCUGUUCGAUGAGACAUGCUGUGAGCAUGCCCGGGACUUUGCCCACAAGUGCGUCCUACACUUUUUUGACAGCAUGCGAAGCGAGAUGAAGGCACGAGGGUUAGCUGCCGCCCGGCAAGAUGGAGUCAUCCCCUGGGACAGCAAGGCAGAGGCUGAAGGCCAGGAGAGAGAGGGGGGGAAGAAAGACCUCCUGCGUGGCAUCGCCAACCAGAAGCAGGUGAACCAGCUGCUGACCACGUGGUACAGGAGCAAGCCCCCCCUGGACAUCACACAGGCCCUUCAGCCUCCACCCGGAGAAGGUGGAGGCAGCCUCAGCCACCGAGCCACCUCCUGUCCUCCGGCCACCAGGUUCUCCCAGCACACAGAUGUGUAAGGAGAAGGUGAGCCCAGGGACCAAAGGACCAGGUCAGGCCUUAAAAGAGCUGCUUUCUGUACGUUGUCAUAAACCAUUACG